AUGCAGAGGAUUACAGGAGGUGGGUCGGUAAUAGCUACCAAUGGGAAACGCGCUCAUGGUGCGACUUCGGCUUCAGCGACAGAAGAAUCUGCAAAUGCAAAAAGGCUCAAGAUCCGCCAGGACGUAGUAUAG